GACGACGACGACGACGACGACGACGACGACGACGACGACGACGACGACGUCGGCGACGUCGGCGGCACCGGCUCCUCUCGGUCCCAACAUCCCUGCUACUGCUGCGUGCACCGCAACGUUCGCGUCGCCGAUCCUCAUCGGACAAGAAUACCUGAUUUUUCAACGAGCUACAUAUAUAGCGCCAUUGAUAAAUUAAAUAUAUCUAUCGAGAUUCUAUAUCGGCGAUUCGUUAAUAAAAGUUGUAUGCAUAUAAAGGUAUACUUGCUUUCAUAUAAUUAUUGCGACAAUGAGAUUGUUAAUUUCCUUUGCGAGAAACUCGGACGUGAAAUUUUCGACUCGACAUUUGCCUGUCGUCGUUCAUCCGAAUGUCAAAGGAUACCUCUCUAAUAUUUAUUCGAUACUUUGAGAAUGGUCGACUUUUUGACACUGUCAUUAUGAUUCGCUGUUGAACCGGUUAGACCCGAAACUCGGUCACUUCCAAUCAUCGGCACGUACGUAUGUACGGGGUGUUCAUUCGUCCCUACGCCUCCCCUCCCCUUCUUCUUCCCUGGUUCUCACCCUCGAGCUAACCGGAGGUGUGAAAACCCGUAAUGAGAGGCCAAACGCGAAUUCACGCCUGUAAUGAAUACGAAUGUACGCACAGAGUUCCUCGAGGCUGCUCUUUUUCGCACGUUAUGCAAUUCAAUGUAACGAUGGUAACGCACCGUGUUCCUUUUAAUUACAUUCAAAAAACAUGUCAAAGUGCAACAGCAAUAAUACUAAUACUAACAACAGCAAUAAUAAUAAUAAUAAUAAUAAUAAUAAUAAUAAUAAUAACAGGAAAUACUAAUCGAAAGUAAUAAAUGAUAUUAUGAAGAAAAUUGUGCAAUUAUUCUGAGCAUAAUUAUGCGAAAGUCUUCCUUCCCGUUAUUAUUUCAUCUUCCCGUUAAUCCAGAUGCAUGUCCCUGAGCGCGUGUACAAGAGUUUCGUGCAAGGAACAGGAUUACGUAAAAAUACAUGAGGUGUCCUAGAUUUCUGCCACGCGAUUCUUGAUCGAGUUUCAGUUCUUCAACGAGUAGACACGAUUUUCUUAACGAAAAUUUAUAUCGUUGCGCCUAGAUUAUCCUUCCCUCGGCGAAAACUUGCAUCGUGGCAUCUACAUUAUCAAAGUGUCAGAAGUCAUUUUAUUCUACGUCGCGUGCUAACUGCGAAUUGCGAGCUCACCAACCGAGAUUAAACGUCCAACGCGCAUUUCUCCUUAAAUACACGCGAUAACCUUUCAGAAUUACGCAGCCCCGUCAACGUUCAUCUCAUGCAAUAUUUUCAUUAUUUUCACUAAACGAUUUCGCAUUACUAUGCAUCGUGUCGCAAAUAUAAUGUAAUAAAAGUUUUCGAUAUUUGUGCUAUUGUUAUCUAUCUUUUUCCCGGGGCCUGGGGUAUGAGAAGUCGGUCAGUUAUUGUCCUGAGAAUCGAUACUAGAAAGAAAGAAAAAAAAGGGGGGAAACGACUGGUGGAAUGCAACAAUUAACCCUUUUGUUACUGGAGAGCUACUGUAAUGGCUUUCGUCGUACGUUCAUUAUACACAAAGAAUCGGUAUAGUUGUUCAUCACAAAUUCCUAGCGCGCCAAGAUAUUAAAAAAAUAAUAAGAGAUAAAUUGCCAGUUAUCAUUUAGUUAUGAUGGAAAUAUCUAAUGUUUCUAUCAUUAAUCUGCGAUAUAAACUGCGCAAACAUUAAUCAGCUGUUAAUCAGUUUUGCAUAUAUAAAUCUGUCUAGUGUGUCAGGAAAAAAUUAAGAAGAAAAAUCGGAAAAGUUCUUUGAUGUAAUCAAGGGUUAUCGAGCCGCAUGUUAUUUAUGACGUUGAUCGCGGCAAAAAAACAUCCCCACUGUAUUAAAUGAGAAAAAUCUACCCACCCAUGCCGAUCAAGUGUCAUUCGCGGACAAGUUCAAUUAUAAUAUCGAGCAAGUACGUCAUCGAACUGGCACCGAUUACUCGGUCAGAUAAAAUCGCGUACUCUCAGGGCAAAGUUUACAUUGACGGGUACAACUAACCGUGAGUCACAAUGAUUCCGACUCAAUAGGACGACGGUUCGUAGAACCUGUGCAAUGAUUAAAACAGUUUUGCUACGUGCUUACAUUUAUCUCUAACUUUUAAUAAUAUAUAAAUACCAUUUAUAUGCAUUAUAAAGAGCAGAAGUAAGAAAACCGAAGUUGUUUGGUGUGCGAGGGGUAAAGUAGUCCGACCGGAAGUGCCACUUUCGAUAGAAGGGAUUGUCAAGUCUACGGAAGUGAGAUACGCGCGCUCGUGCUAGAUUGUUCGAUUACGCUUGAUUAGCAACAAGAUCAAGAGGCAUCCAUCCGAUAAAGUAUGAUACGUGCCAGAUUUCUUAUUCGCGAGAUCAAUGGCUCGCGUUUGCCAUCAAAGGUGCAAUAUCGUGCAAAAUCGGUCGUGGCUUAUCCGAUCGAAUAUAAUGAAACGAAAGUGGACGAAAUGCAAUACGCGCGACCAACCAAAGAUAUUCCCGGCCCAAAAGCGUUGCCUUUGCUUGGCAAUUGGUUCAGAUUCCUACCAUACAUAGGUGAAUACGGUGGAGCGGAUACUUUCACGCAAAUGCGGAUGCUCCAUGAUCAUUACGGCGAUAUUGUUAAAGUGGACCAACUAGGAGCCCGCCGAGCGACCGUCUUUCUGUUCUCACCGGAGCUGUGCGAGAAAAUGUAUCGAGUGGAAGGCGUAUGGCCAGUGCGAAUGGCUAUGGAGACUCUGCAUCACUAUCGCAAGAGCAGAGAACAUAUCUAUAAUGGACAGUACGGGCUCGCAACAAGCCAGGGCAAAUUGUGGCACGACUUUCGGUCGAAAGUCAAUCCGCACAUGAUGCAACCGCGUACGAUCAAGGCGCACGUGGUGCAGAUCAGCGAGGUGACUAGCGAAUUUGUGGACAAGAUGCGAGCCCUGCGGGAUCCCGAGACCCUGGAGAUGCCGGGCGACUUCAAGAACGAAUUGCAAAAGUGGGCCUUGGAGUCAAUAUGUGCGAUCGCGUUGGACUGCCGACUGGGGUGCUUGAAGCCUAAUCUCGCCGCGGACUCGGAACCACAAAUAAUGAUUAAUUGCGUGCACGAUAUGUUCGAUCUCAUGUACCGCAUGGAAAUUCAGAUAUCUCUGUGGAAGAUAUACAAUACGCGGAAUCUCAAGAAGUUCUUCCGUGUGCUGGAUACGCUUAAUGGAAUUUCUAGUAAACAUAUCGAACAGGCUAAGGCAAAGUAUGAUGCGAUGGGCAGUAGCAAUCUGCAUGACCGUAGUAUAUUAGAGAAGCUUUUGCGUAUCGACAAGCAAACGGCACAGGUAAUGGCGCUCGAUAUGAUGACGGCUGGUGUGGAUACGACUGGCAACGUGUCCGCCAGUUUGCUGUACCUCAUCGCGAAUAAUCCGGAGAAACAGGAAAAACUGCGGGAAGAAGUAAUGUCCUUGUUACCGGACAAAACAUCGCCCGUAACGCCGGAUAUCCUAAAUCAAACGAGAUACGCUAAGGCCUGCAUUAAGGAAUCUCUUCGAUUGUACCCUAUCGCUAUUGGCAAUCUCAGAACUAUGCAAAAGGAUGUUUGUAUAGGAGGAUAUAAAAUACCGGCAGGGUUCGAUGUCAUCGCUUGUCAUUCCGUAAUCGCGAAGAAGCCCACGCAGUUUUCGCAAACGGAGGAAUACAUUCCCGAGAGAUGGUUGCGGGGCAACACGGAGUUUCCAUCAGCCAAGGAGAAUGCGCAUCCCUUCGCGUAUAUGCCUUUCGGAUUCGGGGCUCGCACCUGCAUCGGCCGACGAUUCGCCGAAAUGGAGCUCGAGACGUUGCUCUUGACAGUCAUACGAAAUUUCCGGAUCGAAUGGCAUCACGGACCGCUCGAGUACGAAAGCCGAUUUAUAAACACAGUGGUGACGCCGAUGCGACUCAAGCUCAUCGAUUUGUAGAUCGUCGUCGCAAAUUCUCGCCUCGUCG